AGACGCUAAUGCUCUGGGCCUCUGGACCGGUGGAAGGGUGGGGGGCUGGUACAGUACACAUCUGCAUUGCAAUCCAGCAAACUAGACUCGGACACUCCUUGCUGGCCAAAAACACAGCGAAAGAAUGAGUGCAGGCCAAGCUACUGUUCAGAGGUAUCCUGACUUUGAUGUCAUGGCUGAUGUUAAAGCUAUUCGAAAGGCUUGUAAGGGACUAGGAACUGAUGAAGACACGAUUAUUGAAAUAUUAACGAAUCGUUCAGCAGGGCAAAGGCAAGAGAUAAAACAGAAAUACUUUGACAAGUAUGAUGAUGAAUUGGAAGAUGUUCUAAAGAGUGAACUAGCAGGAAGCCUUGAGAAGGUAAUCUUAGCUCUCCUUGCCACUAAACCUGUGUUUGAUGCCACGGAACUGCGAAAAGCAAUGAAAGGAGCAGGGACUGAUGAAGAUAUUAUUGUAGAGAUUUUGUGCACUCGAACAAACCAGGAAAUUGAAGAGUUGAAAGAAGCUUAUAAUGAAGUCUUCGAACGGGACAUUCUGUCUGACAUCAAAGGUGAAACAAGUGGAGAAGUGGAGAACUUACUUCUGUCUCUUCUAGAGGCUCAAAGAGAUGAAUCUUUGGAAAUUGAUGAAGCACAAGCUGAACAGGAUGCUCAACAACUUUUGGAGGCAGGAGAAGCACUCUGGGGCACAGAUGAAUCUGUCUUUACCUCUAUAAUGACCAAGAAAAAUUUUAGACAGUUGAAAGCUACCUUCAAAUUCUAUGAACAAAUUUCUGGAUCUGAUAUGAAAACUGCUAUCAAGAAUGAAACAUCAGGGACUCUAAAACUUGCCUAUCUGACACUAGUGGAAUGUGCCAAAAAUCGUGAGCUAUAUUUUGCAAAAAGAUUGCACAAGGCUAUGAAGGGAGUAGGAACAGAUGAAGACACCCUCAUUCGAAUUAUCGUGAGCCGUGCAGAGGUUGAACUUGAGACAAUUAAGGAACGGUAUGAAGAAAAAUAUGAUGUCACACUGAAGGAUGCCUUGAGUGGAGAGUGUUCUGGUGACUUUAAGAAAGUCCUUCUUAGUGUUGUGCAUUAAACAAUAAGGUCUCUGAAAAAAGUUACUCUCUACAUUUAUAUCACAAGGAUUUUUUGUAUACAGGGAAAAAUCUAACAUGUGCAUAUAUAAUUUAAAGUACUUAGGUCUGUAACCAGAUUUUAAUGUGUUAAUACAUAUGUAUGGACUAACUUUCUCCCAGGUUCCAUUUCCUACAUUUGUGAGUAAUCAGUCUUUGUGAUCAGCAAUGUUCCUUUAGUAGGUAACACAAGUAUUUAGAGUUUUACAUUGAAUGUCAUUAUAUAAACAGUGAUGUAUUUAAAGUCUUAAACUGCCCAUUUUUUUUAAUAAUAUUUACUAUUGAAAACUG